AUGUGUGUGCCCCCCCCCAUGCAACCCAUCCCGUCCCCCCCACCUUUCCCACAGCGGUACUGGAUCAACCGGGAAUUCUGGCAGCAGCCAAAUGGACCUGUCUUCCUGCUGCUCGGGGGGGGGGGAGAGCGGCCUGUCCCCGGGGGCCACGUGGUGGAGCUGGCGCGGGCACACGGGGCGCUGCUGGCGGCACUGGAGCAUCGCUUCUACGGGGGCAGCCGGGGGCCGGGGGACCCUGACCUGCGCUUCCUCUCCAGCCAGCAGGCCCUGGCCGACCUGGCUGCCUUCUGGCUCCAUGUCACAAGUGCGUGGGGCCUCAGCCCCAACCACACCUGGGUCUGUUUCAGGGGGUCCUACGCUGGCACCCCGGACGCGGGUGACACCAUGCCUCAGUUUCCCCACCUUGUGUCUGCUGCCAUUGCCUCAUCCGCUCCCAUCCAGGCUCAGGUUGACUUCGCUGGAUACAACCACGUCAUCUCAGCCGCCCUCUCCAGCCCCACUGUGGGGGGGGGUCCCCAGAGUGCCGGCGGCCUUUGCUACACUGGACGGGUGGUUGCAUGGCCGGCAGUUGGCGGGGGUGCCGCAGGAUUUCUCCUGUUGCCGACCCCCCUGGGGGACCGGGAGCUGCUGGUGGAGAAUGUGGCCAACAUCUUCGCCGGGGCGGUGCAGUACAACAGCCACCGUCCCGGUGACUCAGUGGCUGUGCUUUGCCAUGCCAUGACUGAUGGCUGCCGCAGCUCCCCAUACCACCAGCUCGUGGCCGUCAACAAGAUGCUACAGGUGCAACUCAGCCUCUGUGCUGAUGUCUUCGGCACCACCCUGGCACAUGUCCGAGCUGCCAUCGCCUUCACCAACACCUUUUAUGGGGUGGCGCACCCCAACACCCACUGCGUCCUCUUUGUUAAUAGUAUGGCACGGAUUGGCGUGACGCAGGGUGCCACAGCAUUGCACGGCACAGGUGAUGUGGUGCCCACUGCCCGCAGGCGCGCUGGACCCCUGGCAUGUGCUGAGUGCGGGGGGGGCCGUUCAGGGGUGCUGACUGCGGGGGCCUCCCACUGCGCCGACAUGGCCCCCACCUGCCCUGGGGACCCCCCAGCACUGAGGGCUGCCCGCCAGUGCAUCACAGCCCACCUGGUGGUAUGGCUGGCCCCCCCAGCCCCCCUGAACCACACUGGGAUGGGGGGCCCGGGGGGGGGGGGGGACGGGACCCAGGGGGCGGCACAGACAGGGGUGUCUGGGCGUGGCUACGACUAG